ACUAAUAAUACAAUGGGCUGUUGUCAAUCCAAUGAAGUUCAUGAUGGUAAAGCACGAAAUGAAGAAAUCGAAAAUCAACUCAAGCGUGACAAAAUCAAUAUGCGGAAUGAAGUCAAAAUGUUACUGCUAGGUGCUGGUGAAAGUGGUAAAUCAACCAUUUUAAAACAAAUGAAGCUAAUCCAUGAUGGCGGAUAUUCUAGUGAUGAACGAGAAGCCUUCAAGGAAAUCAUUUUUUCAAAUACGAUUCAAUCCAUGCGAGUGAUUCUUGAAGCGAUGGAUAACAUGGGUGUGAGUUUGGCUGACACGAGUCCCAUGAUGCAAAAUCAAGUGGCUAUUAUUCUGGACUUGCCUACUCAAAUUGAACGUGAAUUUUUACCUCCUGAAGUUACUCAAGCUGUUCGUACACUUUGGAAAGAUCCUCAUCUAUUAAGUGUCUUUGAAAAAAGUCGUGAAUAUCAAUUGAACGAUUCCGCGAAAUAUUAUUUUGAUUCGAUUGAUAGAAUUGGAGAUAAUAACUAUAUACCUACGGAUCAAGAUGUAUUACGAUCACGCGUUAAAACAACAGGCAUUACUGAAACCACUUUUGUUAUUGAUGAUUUGACUUAUCGUAUGUUUGAUGUGGGUGGACAACGAUCUGAACGUAAAAAAUGGAUUCAUUGUUUUGAAAAUGUAACUGCCAUUAUCUUUUUGGUUGCCAUUUCCGAAUAUGAUCAAGUCUUGAUUGAAGAUGAGACGGUGAAUAGAAUGCAAGAAGCCCUGACAUUAUUUGAUUCUAUUUGUAAUUCUCGAUGGUUUGUUAAAACAUCCAUCAUUUUAUUCCUCAACAAGAUCGAUAUCUUUAAAGAAAAAUUACCUAAACAACCAUUAUCUGAAAGCUUCCCUGAUUUUACUGGUCCUGAAACUUAUGAUGAUGCUAGUGAUUACAUUUUGAAUCGAUUUGUAUCAUUGAACCAAUCUGAUUCAAAGCAAAUCUAUACUCAUUUCACUUGUGCUACUGAUACUUUACAGAUCAAAUUUGUCAUGGCAGCUGUAAAUGAUAUCAUUAUUCAAAAUAAUUUGAGAGAUGUUGGUUUAUUGUAG